CUUCCGGUUAGGUGAAUUACAAAGUCGGAAUUACAAAAUAUUGUGUGAUUAGUCUAGACUGGGAUCCCGCUACAUAUAUGAUGGUGCAGUAGUUUGUUCCAAGAUUACUGCAAAUUGAAUCCUUUUACAACAGAAAGUUUAAGCGGCCUACAAUGUCUAACUCCAGAAUACCAAAGCAUCAAUCAAAUCAGUUUGACAAGAAAGUGAUCUUGACAAAUGGAUAUUUAUUUGAUAAAGAGGCUGAUACUGUGAAAUUAGAACCUUUAUCACCUAUGUUGGAUGAAAACUUUACUCAUUAUAUUAAACAUGAACCUCUAUGUCCUAAUAAUGAUCAGAAUUCCUGUAAAGUAAAUUUGGCUGUUAAUGUUGAACCUCAGUCUUCUGAACUUAAAGGAAAUUUGACAGUUAAAAUUGAACCUCUGUCCUUUGAGUGUGGUCAAAAUAUGACAGUUGAAACGGAACUUCAAUCAUCAAAAGAUUUUGAAAAUAUGACCAUUAGGACACAGCAUUCGUCUUCAGAUAUUGACAAGAAAGUUACAGUAAAAGUAGAACCGCAUUCGCCUGAUAUAGAUGAUGCAGCAGAAACUGAUGUUGUAGAGGAUGUGAAGCUGAAAACAGAUGAGAAUUCCACUGAAUAUAACAGUGACAAUACAAUCAAAAUUGAACAGUUGUUCAAAGACAAAGUUUGGAGUUCUGAAAGGCUAUCUACAGAAGAGAAACUGGCAACAGUUACCAAUCAGCCUACAGAAGCUAUGAUACAACAUUGUGGUUCUGACAUGUAUUUAUACACCCCUGGGGAAACAGCCAAUAGUGAGACCAGUACAGGGACAGACACUACUGGAGUACUUUUGAACAGAGACACAGCGGAAUCAUGUGAUAUGGACUCUGAAAGUAAAACUAUUAACCUAAAUACACAAAUAAAUUCUAAUGAUAAGAAAAUAGAAUGCCAGGAAAAUGGAACCAAUAAUACAAUCCAUCACCAUGAUCACAACAAAGUCAUAAAAAGAUCAGAUUUAGUGAAAGGAAAGGGACGUUUUUUUACUGUAGAAAACAAUACGUUCAGAUGUUUGUUAUGUGGAAAAAAAUUCUAUCUUUAUUUCCAAUAUGAAAAUCAUGCAUUAAGAAAACAUUUUCCAUUUUCAUGUAUUUUAUGUGAUUUCUGUUUUCAAACAAAAGCAGAUGCAAUGUCACAUAAACCAUGCACAACAUCACAUACCACAUGUGAAACGUCACAUACCACAUGUGAAACGUCAACUACCCCAAAUACAUCGUCAAAUACUCUGUGCAAAACAAAGCAACAUAGAUGCUCAGUUUGUAAAAAGACUUUUCAGAAGGCAAUUGAUUUACUGAAACAUUGUAAUACUUGUGUGUAUGUGAGUGGUAGAGGGAAUGUGAAGGUGCGGAAGGAUAAUAGGUUAACCAAGAAAACAAGUCAUACUUUUCACAAGACAAUGUCCGGAAAGACGUUCGAUGAAAGUGAUAUCGCACCAGUAGAGUUAACCGAGAAAACAUAUCAUAGAAAAGAAGUGAUCUUAGUUGACCAUGUUGACAAUCAAGUGGAAACUAGCUUGCCAAAAUCAAAGAAGAAAAACACUAUUGCUAUAUCUACUUGUCAAACAGGGCAUGAUAGCACAUACAGUGAUCCAGAACUAGAACAGACGGAACAUAAUAAUGACUGUGUUUAUGAUAGUGGAAGGGGCAAAGUGAAUGUUAAAGAUUUCAAGCAGGAAGUAGAAUACUUUGAAGCUUCUGCGAGAAAAUCACAAAGAAUUAAUCACAAGAGGAAACUAGAAGAGACCGAAGAACAGUGUUGGGAGGCUGAUAAAUUUAACAAAUACCAAAAAAGUUUAAACAAGUUGGUGACACAGUUUACAUUUAGUAAAAAUGUACAUUACACAGUACUCAUAACAGGUUCUUACAAGUGUAAAAUUUGUAGUGAAAAUUUUAAAUGUUUACCAUCAUUUUCAUGUCACGCUAGAUCCAAGCAUUUCCCUUUUCAGUGUUCUAUCUGUCAAGCUUUUUUUGCAACAAUGGAUGGUCUGAUACAGCAUAACAAAGGAUGUAUAUACGUAAUGGGGAAGGGAUAUUGCUGUACAAUGUGUAGAAAAGUAUUUCCAGCUCAGAAUAAACUUGUAGCUCAUACUCAACUAAACCACAUAGUAUACAUCUGUUUCAAAUGUAACUGUGAGUUUGAAAAUCAAAGGAAACUUGAUUUGCAUAGUCAGACUUGUCGGAAAAUAAGAAUUAAAGUGUUGUAACCAUGGUAACUAACUUUUUCACAACAACAUGUGUAAAUAUCCAAGUUAUUUUAUUCUUACACACUAUAGAUUCAUUAUUAUUCCUCCAAUACCAAUUUUUUGUGGAUUUCAUUGUUAUAGGGUAUAACUACGAAUUUAAACAUUACAAAUUUUCUAUUGGCUUGUACAAAUGUAUGCAGACAUAGCGAACCUAUGAACGUGAUGAAUUCAAGUAUCCUUGAAAUUACAAUUUUUCCUUUUUCCAUGAAAAUUGGUACCCAUAGAAAUAAGAUUCACAAUAUAUGUGAAAAGUAAAUUUGAAUAUCUGAAGACCAUGGACAUGAUGGAUGGUAAUGUAUUUCUAAGAAAAGAGUAUAUUGUAAUUUUAUAUUAUGUUUUUCAUUGGAAUUACUAGCAGAUGAAAUGAUGAAUACAAAAAUUGUAUUUUCAUGAUUAUUUGUUGACCAGUGGUUGCUAUUCUUUUAUGAAAAAUACUAGGCCCGUAUGCAUAAAACCACUUAAGUCAGAAAUCCAAUCAUAGUACUAAUUUAUCGUAGGACAUGUAGAAAAAUCUGUCCGUUCGGAACAAAUCUUAACUUAAGUAGCUUUAUCCAUAUGGGCCCAGGUACAUUUGUACUUAAUUUCUUAACAUUUUAUACCAUGCUUUGUUAGGCUGUUACACUGAUGUCCAAGGUUAAGGAAACAGUUGAACGCUCACAAACAUGUGCCUGUUACAAUUAAGGAGCCUGUUGGUUGUCCUUGGUUACUGUCUGUCAUAUUUGUUUGUUGUUAAUUGUUUUGUCAUAAAUCUGUCUGUUU